CCGACCACCACCUCGCCGUUUCCCAUCUCUGCCUCUCUCAUCCACCCGAGCGGACGCAGUUGCGCUUCACCUCACAGCGCACUCGGCUGUAGGCACCGCAGCCAGCGCGUGCUCUGAUGGAGCCGCCGCUGCUGCCCACCGCUGCCUCGCCGCCACGGCGUCUCCUGUCGCAGCCGCAGCCGCCGCUGCUGCUCGCCCGCUCCAGAGGCGCGACUUACAACGCUCCGUCGUCCGCAGCCGCCGACGGCCCGUCACGGCUGCCCUACGGCGCAGUCGUUGUGCCCGCCCGGCCGCCGCACCGCCUCUCCUUCUCCUCGUCUGCCGCGCCGCGGCUGCCUGCCGGAGCGGGCCUCGACGAGACCUUUGCCUCUGACUCGGACGAGGAGCCGCAGGUUGCACCGCUGCGCGUGCGUGACGCCAGUAUGGGCGAGGCGAGUCGUCCGACGUACGUCGCCGGUGCUGCCCUCUCCGCCUCCUCGUCGCACGAUGGGCCGCUGCAUCGGAGCGUCAAGCGGCCGGGGUACCAACACAAGCGCGCCGCGUCGAGCAUAAGUGCAGGCAGCGCAGCAUCCUCCAGCACAGGUCCUCGUGCGCCCUCGACACCGCCAUCCUCGAUGCCGCUGCAUGACGGCUCGUCGCCGAUGCAUCGGCCAUUCACGCGCGGUGAGGCCGAGAUGCUGGAGGCGCUGCGUCUGGGCGGCGGAACGACGAGCACGGGCCCGCACUCGCCCAGCUCGGUCAUGCGUCGUGCGGGCUCCUCGAUGCGCCGCGCCAGCUCGGACUUCAAGCGCAUGCUGGCCUCGAGCGGCGCAUCUGGCAGCGGUAGGCGCAAGAAGGAGGGCGGCAGUGUCGACCUGCCUGCGCCGACGCCGCGCUAUGAUGGUGCGGUGGGCGAGGCUCCACCGCUCUGGACGCUUGGGCGUGGUUCGACUGAAGAGCUCUCAGACCAAGAACUCAGUAAGCCGCAUCCCAGCUGGUGGUCUCCAAGCCGCACGCCGUCGCCUGCCACCUCAGCGGGCGGCGCCUCUGCGCACUCGCGUCCCUCGUCGCGCCGCUUGUCCUUCAUCUCGGCAGCACGGGUGCAGGCGCAGCUCAACGCCAUGCCAGUGCCAGAGGCGGAAGGCGAACACUUUGAGUUUGCGCCGACGCCAGCGAAGCCGGAUGACGACGACGGCAGCAGCAGGGCCGCUCGGGCACUGCGCAGCCUCAAACGAGCGAGCAACGGCGCGCUCAGAAGGGCCAGCUUUGCGAGCGCCUCCAGCGACGGCCCGCUGUACACGCUGCCACCAACUGCGAGCCCGACGCCUAAGGUCAUUCUGCUGCCAGAAGAAGGACAGCCUACGCAUGCGUAUGCCACUCCAGAUCGGACCCCGUCGCGGGGCCGCGCAGGCUCCGAGUCUGCCACUCCACGGGCGAUAGACAACCGACUACUGCUGCAGCAGCCAGAGUCUCCUACCGAUGGGCGCAGCUCCGUCACGCCUACUCCUGGAUCCGCAGCGCCUGUGCUGGCCUCUCCCUCUCCCACGCCUGGCAGCCGCGGGCCACUGGGCGCGGCUGCUGUGUGGCGGCGAGCACAGAGAGAAGCGAGUGCUGCGGCCUUGGAGCGUGGCGCACCGAUGCUCGACGCAGCGCCGCCUGCCGUCGCUGCCGAAACUUCAGGACCGCCGGCUCGAGGCGCGCCUUCCUCUGCAAGGUUGCCACGAGCGGCAGCCAAGUCUAGCGCAGACAGCAGCGCGGGCGAGGGCGGCCGGACGGGAGGUGACAUGGUCGGCGUGGGCGCUGGUGGCGGCGCUGGAGGUCCACGAGGCUGGGGAACAAGAGGCACCAGCAACGGCGGUGGAGGCGACGCAGCUGGAGGUGGACAUGGCGGAGCGGGAGGAGGCCGCGGGCCACCGAAUGGCCGGAACGGGGCGCCUGCCGCAACCAACGGAUCUGGCUCCCAGUCGCUGCACUCGCUGUUCCGGCGGCAAGAGUUGGUCGGACGAGGAGCGUACGGAGCGGUGUACCGCGGCGUGCACGUGCCGACCGGCGGCGCCGUCGCUCUGAAGGUAGUGAAUCUGGACACGCCGGAGGACGAUGUGUCGGACAUCCAGAAGGAGGUCGCGACCUUGACCCAGCUGCGCGACGCGGAAAGCAAGAACAUCGUGCGCUACUGGGGCUGCUGGCUCAUCAAGACGGAGCUGUGGAUCGUGAUGGACUUUGCCGAAGGCGGCAGCGUGCGCACAGUGAUGAAAGCUGGCCCCUUGUCCGAGCGCUUCUGCGGUCUCGUCGUGCGCGAGUCGCUCGUGGCCCUGUCCUACCUGCACAAGUCCGGCAUCAUCCAUCGCGACAUCAAGGCUGCCAACAUCCUGCUGACGGUGCAGGGCCGCGUGCUGCUCUGCGACUUUGGCGUCGCAGCGUCGCUGGUCUCGUCGAGCGUGCACGCCAAGCGCUCGACGUUUGUGGGCACGCCCUACUGGAUGGCGCCAGAGGUCAUCACCGAGGGCAAGACGUACGACCAGAGCGCCGAUAUUUGGAGCCUGGGCAUCACGCUCUACGAGAUGGCGUGCGGCAACCCGCCGCACGCUGAGCAGGAGCAGAUGCGCGCAAUCAUGCUCAUCCCGAAGAGCAAGCCUCCGCGCCUGCCGGUCGACGGCAACUUCUCGCCGCUGAUGCGCGACUUUCUGGCGAUGUGUCUCAACGAAGAGCCGCGCGAGCGACCCAACGCAGACGAGCUUGCGAAGAGCAAGUGGAUCAAGAGCUUUGCCAAGACGCCCAACUCUGUGCUCAAGGAGCUGCUCAACAACUACACCGCAUGGACCAAGAGCGGCGGCAUGCGCAUGAGUCUGCUUGGCGCCGAGGCUGCUGACCUGAACGACGCUGGUAACCGCGACUCGUUCAUGUUCGAUGGGCGCGAGAGCGACGACGGCUGGGUCUUCAACACUCUGCGCGACCACGAAGCGUACGAUGGAUUUGACGAGGACAUCGUCCAGCCGCAGCCUAUCCGUGAUCACCCUCUGUUGCGUCUCUUCGACGCUGCUGAUGGCACGCCGGCAGUCGAGACUCUGCCGGCAGAGAACACAAGCGCACUGCGCCGUCCGGGCUCGCCCAAGGCGAUACCUUCGCUGUCCACCCUGCGGGCGGCAGACGUGCGCCCGGCGCCACCGCCGCCUGCUGGCGUCGCGCCAGUGACUGCCGCCGCCGCUGCCAGCGCGGCUGCCGCAGAGGACAAGGCGAGCUUCGCAGGGAUGGGCAACACACCCUUCCGCUUCGGCGGCGGUGGCGGCGACUCCAGCGCGCUGGGCACGCCGCGCGCGGCAGCCUUCAAUCCGCCAGCAGCAAGUCGGCUCCGGGAGCACCGCCCGCAGCCGUCUACGGACAGCACAGAUCCUGUCACGGCAGACACGUCGUUUGGCGACACGACCCUGCCUCACAGCGGGUCCACCUCGGCCGGCACCUCACUCAGUGGCCACGCCCGACAUGCGAGCAAGUCCAGCCUGGCGCACCGCCGCGGCAUCAGCAACAUUUCGGGUGCGUCCGACAAGUCGUCGGCGUUCUCGAACGCGCAGGAGAGCCUGCCCUCGGAGCUGCCGCAGCAUGCGCUGUCCGCCUCGCCUUCGCAGAUGCGCGGGCCACGUAUCGUGCCACUCGACUCCAAUGCAGCUGCGCAGGCGCUCAAGACGGCCGUCGCUGCUGGAUCGCUCGGACGGCCUCCAGGGCCGACGCGUGCAGCCACAGAGCAGCUCGGGCAAGCAGGCGAAUGGCCCGAGCCUCAAAUCCUGCGUGCGCGCUCCGCAGGGCCGUCAGCCGAUGACGGGCCAGCGUCUGCGCCAGCACAGGCCGAGCGCACGGCGGCCCAGGCUGCGACAGCUGCACUCGUGGCUGCACAGCGCUAUGCUGCGCAGACACCAUCCUACGGCAUGCGCAGCCGCAGCGGAAGCCGCAGCCGGCCAUUCCAUGCGUACGACGGUGCACAGGCUGUCGCGCCCGCCCUGCCUGGACGCAGCAUCUCUGCGGCGCCCCACACCACCUCCUUCCGCGAUGCCGUGGCCGCGCGUCACUACGACCUGGCACCGCCAGGCACACUGGACCUCACCGACACCCUGCCGCCCUCUCCAAGCGUCUCGGCCUCGGCCUACUUCCCGCCUAUGUCUGCCACCAACAGCCAGCGCGCCGCGGCGGCCUGGGGCCCGUCGCCGCUGCGGCCCAGCGCCGGUGGCCUCGGCCGGCCAAUCGUGCACUCGCGCCUGCAGCACGGCGGCAGCGACCCUACGCAGAUCGCCGGCUUCGCCCGCACCGACUCGGGCGACGCCGCCGACGGCAGCGGCUGGCCAGGUGUCCCGCCAGGUCAGCCGACUGGUCCGCGCUUGCGUGCCCUCGACUUCUCCAACCUCGACGCCAACGGCGGCGUCCACGCCGAGCUUGCGCGCGUCGUCGACGACCUCGGCGCCUGGCUCGACGUGCUUGGCAUGGGCCUUGCCAGCGCCAUCAGCGUCGAUGCGGCGACGCAGAACUAGACGCGCCGCGCCCCUCUGGACCACACAUCGUCACCUACCACUGUAUCCACCACACCCCCGGGCAUCCCUCGCGUCACCCAAAUGCACAUCACCGGAUCCGAUUGACGUGCAUGCCUGCCAGG